AUGGCGUCACGGAAGAAGGUUCUCCUCAAGGUUAUUAUCCUUGGUGACAGUGGUGUUGGUAAAACCAGUCUGAUGAACCAAUAUGUCAACAAGAAGUUCAGCGGAAGUUACAAGGCAACCAUCGGAGCCGAUUUCCUCACCAAGGAGGUUCUCGUUGAUGACCGACUGGUCACCAUGCAGAUCUGGGAUACCGCUGGCCAAGAACGUUUCCAAUCAUUGGGUGUCGCCUUCUACCGUGGAGCCGACUGCUGCGUUUUGGUCUACGACGUGAACAACUCAAAGAGUUUUGAAGCCCUGGACAGCUGGCGGGAUGAAUUUUUGAUUCAGGCAAGCCCGCGUGACCCCGAGAGCUUCCCAUUUGUCGUUAUUGGUAACAAGAUUGACGUGGAAGAGAACAAGCGCAUGAUCUCUUCGAAACGAGCCAUGACCUUUUGCCAGUCAAAGGGCAACAUUCCCUACUUUGAGACCAGUGCCAAGGAGGCAGUCAACGUUGAGCAGGCAUUCGAAGUGAUCGCCCGGAGCGCACUCGCACAGGAAGAGGCAGAGGAGUUCAGUGGAGAGUUCAGUGACCCGAUCAACAUCCAUCUGGACAAUGAGCGCGAUGGCUGUGCCUGUUGA